AUGGCGAGCUGCUCAGAUUUUAAGAAGGGUCAUUGGACACCAGUGGAAGACUGUCUUCUGAAACAACAUAUUCAACUUCAUGGGGAAGGUCACUGGAGUACUAUUCCUAAAACAACAGGUUUGUUGCGAUGUGGUAGGAGUUGCAGGUUACGGUGGAUGAAUCAUCUUCGCCCCAAUUUAAAGCGCGGAAACAUUUCACGAGAUGAAGAAGAGCUCAUUAUAAAGCUGCGCAAGCUGCUUGGAAACAGAUGGUCACUGAUUGCUGGUCGGAUGUCAGGAAGAACGGACAACGAGGUGAAGAACUACUGGUAUAGCCGCUUGAAACAUAGUCUGGUCAGCAAUAAACUAACGAAACCUUUGGUUACCAGAUUAACUGCUAAACCUAUAAACAAUCUAGCUAAGUCUCAGCCCACAGAUAUUGAAUCUGCAAAAACUGCAGCAUUGUCGAAGGGGACGUGUAGAGAAGCAGAAGGACAGGAGGAUAUUAUAAUAGUGAACGUUGGAGAAGAAAAUGAGGAGGCAUCUAAAUGUCAUGCAAUAGAAGGAAAUGUCACCCCAAGCUAUCCAUCUGAUGAGGAGCAUCUCAAUAUAGCUUAUCACAUUUCACCACAUAACAUCACUUUGGAUUAUGAUAGUGAAAUUUUGGAGGAGCAAGCAGCAGACAGGAUGUCAGUACCCAUUGCAGAGCACCGAUUUGAGCGAGAGGAUCUACGCAUCUUACAGUUGUGUGAGAGACAUCUAGCUACACAGGGGCUACGUGAUCGGCUGACAGAGGUCGAGAUUGAUUGCAUUGUAGCGACUGGGUUGUAUGAUACUCGACUGACAGCAGCUGAGACACAGGUAGAGGAUUUGGAGGUGGAGGUUGCUGCUAGAGAUGUACAACUAUUUGCACGAGAGUCAGAGCUGACUGUGGUGCUACGGGAGAGGGAUGGUGUGGUGGAGAGAUUAGCGGAGAUGCAGGAGAGAGUCUGGGUUAAUGUAUGUGUGCUUUUGAUGACUUUUGGGAUAGAAUGCCUGAUGUAUGCAAUGUCAUGA